ACUCAGUCUGCUGUGAUUUAGGCUGUAUUAAGUCAAGUUUAUAACCGCUGCUGGAGAAAAACACCUCAACUUUCUGAGAUUAGGAUGGUCAGGAAAGGUUCUUCACAGCACUCUUCUAAGCAUGGAUCUCAGAUCUCCAGUCUUAAACAUCUCUCUCUGAUGGAUCCAGUCCCCCCAGAAGCUCCAGUUUCACAGACCGACCCUUUGUCACCUGAGGAGAGUCCCAGCAGCCCCUCAGACCGGGUUUAUCUACAAGCUGCUGCCGUCUUUCAGAACACAAACCAGAACAAACCUGCUGCACAUAGGCUCAUUAGCUAUGGGAACAGGUCAGAGGUCAGCGUCCAUGACACCGGGGAUGAAUCAUCUCCACGUCAGGCAUACCAGCUUGCUUUCAACGCACUUAAAUAUCAGGAGCUGUUGGAGGACGUCUUGAUUGACAGCUGCUUCUUUCUCUCUCAGCCAAUGUCAGAUGUUUGGAUGAGUCUGGUGGUAGUCGUAUUCACAAAUUUACUCGACAGAAAGUUCCUCCCUCGUAAUCCAUCAUCGGCCAAUCAGGAUGAAGUUCAGGAAGUCAGAGAGGUGGAGGCGUGUCUUCUCCGGUUUAAGACCAAGCUUGUUGCAUCACUAGCUCGCUGUAGAAUCAAACACCACCUGCUAUCGGUAGACAACAUCCUGCCAGACCACAUACGACAUAAGCAGGACAAAGCCUCACGCCUGCCGCUGUACGCAUGGGUCAACACGCUACGAACCAGUAUGGAGGAGGUCAGUGAAGCUUUACACACAUCAGGAUUCUCCUGCGUUAAAUCUGUCAGGCAGUUGAAAGGACAGACCUUCUGUAAGGACCCUCACUGCCACGACCUGCUGGUGUUUCCUAACAACAUGAAAACAGAACUUAUUCACACUGGAUUACUGGCAGACUACAGACUCAUUAUACAGGAUAAAUCGUGUUGUGUGGGCCCCUGCGCGCUGCUGCCUCUACUGGCCAAGGGGGGCGAUGUCCUCAUGGCUGGAUGUUUGUCUGCGCAGACAGUUGCACAUGUGUCUGCAGUGGCUGCGUCUGCACACACAGCUGCUCAGUCAAUGGAUCAUGCGCACAACACGGUGUUUGUAUGUUUGGGAGAUCAAACGUUAUCACACAGAGACGAGGUGCAGAGAACGUACCUGAAACUGGGCUGUAAGAAUGUGAAGCUCCUCUCGGACUCUCUUCACAGUUUGGAUGUAAGUGAUGUGGAUUUGCAGAAAGUGCGUGUGAUCUUUCUGAUGCCGGUUUGUUCCUUGUCUGCUGUGAGCAACCCUGUAGAUUAUAUACUGCAGGAGAACGCAGACUCUGAACUCUUGCUGAAUCUAACCCAGGAUUCAAUCUGUCCAGCUAAACUCCAGUCACUCACCUGCCAACAGAGAAGAGACCUGCAGUGUGCCCUCGUCUUUCCUAAGGUGAAUGCUGUGCUGUACUCCACCUGUUCAGUUUACUCAGAGGAGAACGAGGAACUACUAAACCGAGUUCUCACAGAAUCACAGGAAAACUCUACAGCGCAGCCCUACAGGUUGAGUGAUCCAGGGCUCCUGGAAGAUACUCUGAUUGUUGGUGAGGAAUCAAAGAUGACGACCAACUUUUUCAAACUAGAAGCAUCAGGUGACAGUAAUGGAUGUUUUCUAGCGCUGCUCACACGAGAGCCUGAACCAGAAGUGACCGAAACGCCGCAGGAAGUUCUCGCUCGCGCUGCAGCCAAAGGCUUAUUAGGCGGCGCCCUUCCAGACCAGCCAAUCAAGAAACAAGGGCGUGGCCGGAAGUCGCGCAAAGCACCUGCCAAGCGAACACGUUCUAAGAAGACACGCCCAGAUGCCUCAGAGAUCGGCCAAUCACGUAUAGCAGAGUUUCUGCAGAGAGAGACGAGACUCUGCAACUCGGAGCCGUCAGUGAGCCGAUCUCAAUCUUCUUCUAAUCCAUCACAGAGUAUUGACCUCAACUUCAGCUAUAAACCCACUGGUUUUCGACGCCUCCCUCAGGGUGUUCUCCGCAAAACAGGCUCCAACCCAAACACCACUCUCUCUUUGUCCAGUGCAACCCAUAGGAGUUUGAGGGGUCCUGUGGUGACUGCAGUAUCCACCAAUGGUCAUCUUUCUUCUGCAUCUGUUCAUCCACCCCCCGCUCCGCUUAAAGGCAGACAGGAAGUGCUUCAGCCAGCGACCAUCACAUUUCCUCCAGUUGUGCUACUGAAGGAUUUGGGUGUUCAUCCUUCUCUAAGGAGCCGCGCCCUUCCUUUGGUCCAUUCAGACUUUAACCACCACACCCACAUCCCUCAAACCCGGGGUGCUUUCAGAACGACUUUUUAUCCCCCGCGGCCUUGACUGAGGGACGCACACUUUGCAUUCACUGCCACGGUCUUAGUCUGUUUUAGUCUGUCUUAUUUUACCUAAAAUGAGCCCAUUGUUUACUCACAGAAGUUUAUCAUUUCCAUGUGUUUUAGUUCUUAUCAGUUUAAAUAUUCAAGCAACAUGUGAUCGAUUUUAAUGCACUACUUAA